UUUUGCUCGGGGAGGCGAAUCGCAAAGAGCGGAAGAGGAAAAUGUUGAGGACUCGGCUUCUCUGGUUCACACUGGGAUUCUCCGUCACCGGAGCUUCGAUCGCUCAUCUCAUUUGGCGUGAUCUCUAUGCCGACCGAUACUCCAUCUCUUCUGAUAUGAAGGAGAAAUUCAAUGCUCUGGAAGCUAGAGUUUCAGGCCUCGAGUCUCCAACUGUUGAGAACCCUAAUUCGAACCCUACUCAGAUUGAAAAUUAGGGAUUGGAAAUCUCCCAAGCUUGGAUCGAUCCAGACUCCACUUUUCUCACAGAUUCAGAGUGAGAUUUGGCAAACCUCUCGAGACCAACCAAAGAUGAUUGGCAUUUCUCAAAUCAGAAAACUUGGAAAACUCGCCUUUUGAGUUUUUUUUUUUUUUUUUUUUUUUUUAAUACACCCAAGACAUCUUUUGUAGUGUCAUCUACUCCAAUCUGUAUGACAAGACUUGAGUUUUUUAUUUUGGCCAAUGGAGUUACAAUAAAGUUUUCUGUUU